AUGAACCGAGUGAUUAAAGGAGUCAGUUUAGAUUAUAAGAAAUUAAAUACCCACACUUUUAAGAAUAACAAAGUUGUAACUUCCAUUUUGAAGAAAAAAACGAUAAACAAAACUAUUGACAAACAAAAGAAAGCACCAGAAAUGAAAAAUAAAAAUGCCCAAUUGAUUAAACAAAAAACUAAAAAGGCAAUCACCAUGAAGAAGGUCCCUAACGAAACCAAAACAAAGGAGGAUACUAAAAGCGACAAAGUUAAGAAGGACGAUAAGACAAAGAAGAACGGCAUGGUCAAUAAAAUCGAAAAGGAAAAGAAGGAAGAUAAGGCCAAAAAGAAUGUCAAAAAGGAUGCAAAAAGUGGAGACGGAAAGACACAAAAAGGUGACAAGUCUAAGACGAAUGAUAACAAGAAGGAAAAGGCGAAAAGUGAAAAGGCUGUGAUUAAAAAAAUCGACAAAGGUAACAAGGACAAGGACAAGGGGAAGGACACAAAGGCAGAGAAGAAGCCUGAGAAGAAAGACGAAAAGAAAGCAGAAAAGAAGGACGAUAAGAAGGCGGAAAAGAAAGAAGAAAAAAAAGGGGAUAACAAGGUACACAAAAAGCCCAAUAAGAAGGAAGAUAAAAAGACAGACAAGAAAGAAGAUAAAAAGGAGGAGAAAAAGGAAGAAAAAAAAGUAGACAAAAAAACAGACAAAAAGGACGAUAAGAAAGUAGAAAAGAAAGCAGACAAGAAGGAAGACAAAAAGGCAGAAAAGAAAACAGACAAGAAAGAGGGAAAAAAGGAGGACAAAAAAGAUGACAAGAAAAACGACAAAAAGGACGAUAAAAAAGUUAAGAAAAAUAUUUUGAAAACACAGAAAACGAAAAAGUAG